AUGGCGACCACUACUGGCUCUGGAUGGACACAACUCCGACAACAAGCCCGGUCGCUGGAAACCCAGACCGAGAAUCUCUUCCACACAUACUCACAAUUCGCCUCAAUCACGAAGCCUCCACAAACACCCACCGAGGAAGAGCUACGGCUCGAAUCGCAAUUGAAAGACCUCCUCGAAAGACGUGAAUCUCUUAUCUCUCAAUUAUCUCGUCUCCUCGACUCCGAAGCCACCCUCACAUCAUCCGCCCUGAAGCAAAACAACGUCGCUCGACACCGCGAAGUGCUUCAAGAUCACCGUCGCGAACUCAACCGCCUCACCUCAGCAAUUUCAGAGUCGCGCGACCGUGCGAAUCUACUCUCCAAUGUCCGCUCCGACAUUGAUUCAUACCGCGCAUCGAACCCCGCCGCCGCGGAGGCCGACUACAUGCUCGAAGAGCGGGGCCGAGUCGACAACAGCCAUAAUAUGAUUGACGGUGUGUUGAGUCAGGCAUACGCUAUCAAUGAGAACUUUGGGAUUCAGAGUGAAACCAUCGCAAACAUUAAUCGGCGCAUUGUCGGUGCUGCCGGCAACGUGCCUGGCAUGAAUUAUCUGAUCGGCAAGAUUGGCAACAAGAAGAGAAGAGAUGCUAUGAUCCUUGGAUGUUUCAUCGGGUUCUGCUUUUUGAUGUUGCUUUUCUUCCAUUGA